AGUCGCAGAGCGAACCAGAGCAGACCAAGAUCACCACGAGUCGUCAGUCGUCAGAUAGAAUCGUUUGGGCCAUCCAAAAAUAGACCAAAGUCAUCGGAAGUUGAAGGCAGCGCACGCAAAAAGUUCUGCAAAAAAUAGAACAUAAAUUUUCCAUUUUCCAUUUGCUGCGUAUCGAUUUGGGGGACACAAUUCGGAACUGCGUAGUUUGUCGGGAAAUUGUGAGGAAAACUCUGCUUUCAUGUCUUGCCAAAAUCGUCGCAGCGUUCAGGCCAAAGGAGUAAAUAGCUGCCGCGUUCGACAAGCGGCAAUGUCAGCAGUUUAACAAGAAAGCAAACGUAAUAUAACCGAAACGAAUAACAAAUCCGUCGGGCAUCGCGCACACAUAUAGGAGAUAUAUCAUUAAAAUACAUAAUUCGCCAAAGUGCAAGUGCAUCGAUAGAGACACAACUUUCCGCAGGAAAACAAAAACAAAAAUUGAUUUCGUUAGCCUUUUGCCAGCACCAACUGCAUGGGUAAAGUUAUGAGAGUGAAUUCAUUACCGCCGCCCGCCCACAACUGCCACGCCCACGCCCGCUCCAAGCAACAACAGCAGACGCAAUUGAAGUUGAAGAAAAUCGAAAUAUAUUUUAUGUUCAACAAUUUGUGCAAGAGAAAAACUUUAACGGAGUAUAAUUUAUUGACACUAAAACAGAGCCGGGAGUACAGUGAGUGAAGCGAACCGCAAGCGCAGUGACAGUGAUCGUUAAAAUUUUAAUCAACAUAAAAAAUAUCACAAAAAUAAAUUAGUCGCAUCUCGAAAGCACAAUAAAUAGUUAGAAAAAGAAUUUGUGAGGAGCGUGGGCUGUCAGCAGAUCAAGGAUUGCCACACACAGAGUCAGUAAGACCGAAUCGAAAUGGUUGGAGUUACUGCCGACGCCUCGCAGGCGAAUCAGCUGUCCUCGGUGCGGAACCCGAUGAUCAAGUACAUGCUGAAGACCCGGGAGAAUCAUGCACGGGAUCAGGACCACGACUACUCCCAUGUCUUUCGCCGGAAGACGCGGUUCGAGAUGUUCCGCCUGUCCGCCAUCGCCAUGGCCAUUGAGUUCGCCUACGCGGCGGAGACGAGUUUCGUCUCUCCGAUUCUCCUGCAGAUCGGUGUGGAUCACAAGCACAUGUCCAUGACCUGGGGACUGUCGCCGCUGAUUGGAUUCUUUAUGUCUCCGCUGCUGGGCAGUAUUAGCGAUCGCUGCAAACUUCGGUGGGGUCGCCGACGACCCAUUAUCUCGAUUCUAUCCUUUGGCAUAAUGUGCGGCUUGAUCUUGGUGCCAUAUGGCAAGGAUCUGGGUCUGCUUCUGGGCGAUGCCGGGUAUACUUAUGCUGAGCCCGCCUUGAAUUUCACAUCUUCGUCAGCGGGAGCAGUGGCUGCUUUGGUUGCGGGUGAGACCGCGACUGGACCCUCUGCCUCCGAUUUCAAGUUCGCAGUGAUCCUUACGAUUUUGGGCAUGGUCCUGUUGGAUUUCGAUGCGGAUACCUGCCAGACACCUGCUCGCACCUAUUUGCUGGAUAUGUGUGUGCCAGAGGAGCAGCCAAAGGCCAUGACCAUGUUUGCGCUCUUCGCGGGCUUUGGCGGAACCAUUGGAUAUGCCAUUGGAGGUGUGGAUUGGGAGACAACGCACAUUGGCAGUUUCAUGGGUGGAAACAUACCCACGGUGUUCACCCUGGUCACCAUCAUAUUUGCGGUGUGCUAUGUGAUCACGGUGACCACGUUCCGUGAAAUUCCACUGCCCUUGAUCGAGCAGGAUGAGCUGCUGCGACCUCUGUCCGAACAGGCCAUCAAGAAGGAGUUGAACAAGAAGAACAAUACCAUUUACUAUAUCCAGGAGACCACACAGCUGGAGCUGCAGAUGGCCAGUGAUGAUCCCAAGCGAGUGGAGGCACUGCAGGGUAGCUACCAAAAUGGCUACUCACCCGCUGUGGAGAAGCAAAGGAAGGCACAGGACCUGGAGACCCAGUCGGACUACGAGGCUCCCGUCUCCCUGAAGGCCUAUCUCAAGAGCAUCUUCAUCAUGCCCUACUCGAUGCGCAUGUUGGCCCUGACCAAUCUCUUCUGCUGGAUGGGCCACGUCACCUAUUGCCUGUACUUCACGGACUUUGUGGGCGAGGCCGUUUUCCGCGGUGAUCCCACGGCUGCUCCGAACUCGGAAGCGGCUCUCAACUACGAGGCUGGCGUGAGAUUCGGCUGCUGGGGAAUGUCCAUAUACGCGUUUUCCUGCUCCAUUUACUCGCUGUCGGUGACCAAGCUAAUGAAGUGGUUCGGAACCAAGGCCGUCUACAUCAGUGGAAUGAUUUACUACGGUAUUGGAAUGCUCGUCCUGGGCUUGUGGCCAACUAAAUGGGGAGUUUUGGUAUUCAGCACGUCAGCAGGUAUUCUCUAUGGAACCAUUUUCACGGUGCCUUUCAUAUUGGUGGCCAGAUAUCACGCCAAAAAUUGUUUCUGCAUAAAGAACGGUGAGACAGUGCCCCUGAAGCAGGCUCGUGGAUUGGGCACUGAUGUGGCCAUCAUCAGCAGUAUGGUGUUUAUUGCCCAGUUGAUUGUAUCCCUUUCCGUGGGUCCUUUGGUGUCCUGGAUGGACACAACGUGUGCCGUGCUCUACGCCUCCACGUUUCUGUCCUUUUUGGCGGCCAUUGCAGCCAUGUUUGUGUUGUACGUCUAGGAAUCUACGGAUUUAUGAACACAAAUGUUACAUGAUUUUACGUAGCGUAAAUGUAUCUAGUUGAGUAUCUUUGCCUACUUUCUGGCAGUAUCUGCGACUGCACUCACAAUGUUGUGGCAUACUUUAAGGAUGAAGCGUAUAUUGUACUUGUAUUCAUUUAAAACAUUUAAUUACCUUUUUUUUUUGUUAACUGCAUGAAUUAUAUGAAUUUAAAUUAGUAAAAUACAUUUAUUUUCUA